AAUAAAAAAAAGGUGUGGUGAGGAAAAACUAAAACGAAAAGGUUAAGGGGCAAAAAAGGAAAAAAAACAAAAUAGUAUUGUACAGAUACUACCAAGUCUACUGAGAAGGUAGAAGGGAGAUAGCAAUGUUUUCGUCUGAAAUGAAUAGAGAGAAAGAUUAGACACAGAAGAAAGUAGGAGCAAAAGUAAAUCAAUAUUUUUAUAUGAGCUAUAUAUAUUCUGAUAAGCAGAAUCAGCUAACUCUCUGAUUAUCAAACAAAUUGUAAAUUUUGCUUUUUUAAUCUGUUGAAAACCUUAUCUACUUUUCUUUUCGUGUUUGUGUGGUCAUGGAUACAUUCAAUAUGGCUUCUUUCACCUCAGAGUUUCGUGAAGGGUUUGGCUGACACAUAUUCAGUAUUACAUACCCAUUGAUUCUUCCCUUUUUUAAAAAAUCUUAUAUCCAUUCUCUAUCAAUUUAAAGACGAAAAAUAGAAUAAGCAAAGUAAGAAUGCACUCGCCUGGAAAUGGAGCUUCUUCUGGUGACAGAAAGCUUAAUGCUGCAAAAGCAACUCUGAACCCCAACGCCACAGAAUUUGUUCCUUUUGCCCUCAGGUCACCUUCUGCUAGCAUCAGCAGCUCAGGGGCAUGUUCAAAGUUCGCUAAUGCCAAACCUUUCACACCUGGGAAAAGUUUAUUAGACAGAUCAGGGUCGUCUGCUUCAAUCAAUUCCGAUGAUGAAGCACAGCAGUACUGGCGCCAUCAGCUUCCUGACGAUAUAACUCCUGAUUUUAAGGUCAUGGGAUUAGACGACACUCAAGGAGUCAAUAACUUGCCAUUUUCAAGCUUAUCGUUGACUGAUAUUAAUGAAGGUUCAAGAUAUUCUGCUUCAACUGGAGUUUCUCCUCAUCCUAUUAAUGGUAACAAUCAUGCUGAAAAGCUGAGAUUCUCACCUUAUGGAGAAUAUGCAUCUCCCACUGAUUUCCAUCCUUCGCUGGGAAAACCAUGGGACCCACCGAUUGUAGGAAAUGAUCAGCUUCUUGCUCAAGAAGUACAUGAAGGUGGAAAUUCAGGACAUGACUAUCUGGGUAAUGUGUCAAGUGAGCAGUCACUCUACGACAAUCCAGAUGUGAACCCUCUUGACCUUUUAGCUUCGCAAUUUCCGGGUUUUGCUGCGGAAAGUCUUGCGGAGGUGUAUUUUGCUAAUGCCGGGGAUUUAAAUCUUACUAUUGAAAUGCUUACUCAGCUCGAGCUUCAGGUCGAUGGAGGCUUAAAUCAAAGUCUCAACUCAAAAGCCUUGUCGUCUCCAAAUCUUAGUGCCAUGGACUUUCCAGCUCUUACUUCCAGAGUCGAUCAGAAUGAUUUAUCGAAAAUCGGAGGUGAUAGCCUCCAUCAAAAUGGUGGUUCCACACUAUUAUUCAGAUCUAAUUCCUUUGCUCCAAGAGGUGCCGCAGAUUUUGCUUCAGCUGUGAGAAAAAUGACGUCUCAAGAUUCCAACAUAUGGAAGUAUGAAAGAAAUGGUUCUUCGGGUGCAACCAUUGGAUCAAGUAGAAGUUCCCAAGUUUUGGCUAGCUCGUAUAAUGGGGGUCCUAACAGGAGUGUGUACGGUGAUAAGUAUCAGAGUCGAGGAUCAGCUCACGUGCCUCCAGUUUGGCUUGAAACGGGAGAAUCUGUCGCAAAUAUGUACUCUGAAAUGCGGGAGGAAGCUCGUGAUCACGCACGUGUUCGUAAUGUGUACUUUGAACAGGCACGGCAAGCAUACCUUAUUGGUAACAAGGCCUUAGCCAAGGAGUUGAGCAUUAAAGGACAGUUACACAACAUGCAGAUGAAAGCAGCUCACGGGAAGGCACAGGAAACUAUAUAUCGUCAGAGGAAUUCAGAUAUUCAGACAAAUGGGAGAGAAAAAAUGAUCGACCUUCAUGGUCUGCAUGUGAGUGAAGCUAUUCAUGUGCUCAAGCGCGAACUAGCUGUAAUGAGAAAUGCAGCCAGGUCAAUGGACCAACGCUUGCUUGUCUACAUAUGUGUGGGGACAGGUCACCACACGAGAGGUUCACGUACUCCUGCCCGACUACCGAUUGCAAUCCAAAGGUACCUUCUAGAAGAAGAGGGUCUCGACUUUUCUGAGCCUCAGCCGGGGCUCCUUCGAGUUGUGAUAUACUGAAUCAGGCAGGUAUAGAGAUUUUUGCAUACUAUGGGAGAAAAUGUUGAAAAAAAUGAAAAAUCUGUUGUAAGUAAAUGGUAAAGCUGUCUAGGAUUACUCUGCAGAUGGGUAAAAGGUACAAGAAUGGAAACAAAAAAGAUGUUAGAUGGUCAAGAGGAAGAGGCUCAUAUAUGUCUGUACUACUAUAACUGUCAAGUUGGCCGAUGUUUUAGAGUAUGUUUUUGUAGCUUUAACUGAUUUACAAUUGCGACCGUCCUAUUUUUGUUGAUCUCUGUACUUUACUCAAUUUUUUGGGUUACAUUUUUGCAUCAUUUGUGAUAUAUGUGCAGGCCUGCAGCAGAUGUAAUGGUGGGGAAUUAUUUCUACUUUAGAUAUUUCACCACUGGAAUUGGGUAGAGUUUACAAAUCAAUAUACAUUUCUUGGAUAUCAUUGCAAACACUACCCAAGUCCUCAAAUGUAUUAGAAAAUGCUACAAAAUCUUUAGAUAAUCUUGAUAUGAAAUAAUGUACAUAGGGUGAUAUGAACUUUUCACAUAGGUGAAUAAACACAUACUUGGAUGUGCCUACAUGCCACGAUGUCAAGAUCUCAUAAUUCGUUUAACACCAUAUAGGCAUAACACAGUAUGUUAAUAUCUCUGACAUAUUUGUUGGUGGACAUAUUAAUUCAUGCUAAGAUGUGCUCACAAGUCAUGUGUCAAAAUCUCAUAAUAUUUUAACACAAUACAUGUAAUAUGUUAAUCUUUCCCUACACUCAUAAUAUUUGAACUUCAUCUUACACGUAGUAUGUUAAUCUUUCGCCAUAUGAAUUGACUCAUUUGAGGAUAUCAAUAGACGCUUGAUAAGGAGAAUUCGGGAGACAGAGAUCGGAGAGGCUAUGAAGA